AUGGCAGUCAAACCUGAUACACCCUAUCUCGAUGCUCUCCGAAGAGAUGGGUUCGUCAAAAUCCCACAGCUUCUGUCACCACAAUUACUCCUGGCCAUGAGAGCAGCCUGUAAAUACACAACAGAAAGGGCUCGUGAGGGUAAGUGGCCGUACAUACGAACGGUGCCGAAGCAAUAUCCACCUUGGCAUGAGUGGCAGGAGGGUGAUAACAUCUGGGGUGUACAACAUCUCCUUCACCCAGACAUGAACGUUCGAGAUACAUUCGCGGAACUCUACUUCUCCGAUGAGGUGCUCUCGGUAGUCAAGGAGCUGGUAGGUCUCAAAGAUGAUCCGGCGGGCGAUGACAAGUUAGUCAUGGAAUUGUUCAAUCUCCUCGUAAGCCCAGCGAAAAAUACGGAUUUUGAACUUCGCUGGCAUCGGGACGACAUUCGUCCUGAAGUGACUGAAGAGCAGGAAGCCAAGCAGCUUCAAGAGAAAAGUCCGCAGGGUCAGCAACUACAUGCGCAGUACAACAUCGCGCUCUUCGACGAUGCAUCACUUAUUGUGAUUCCUGGGAGCCACCGCAGAAUUCGGACCGACAUAGAGAGAAAUGCUGCGCCUUACGAGCCGAGUCUCCCGGACCAGCUAGUGGUGGAGCUACAGGCAGGUGAUGCAGUGUUCUACGACAGCAACAUCCUGCACCGUGGUAUCUACAGGGGCAUCAAUGCGAAGGAGUCCCUAGGGCGCAUGACGCUACAUGGUUCGGUUGGAUUGGCAGGUCAUGGGAACGAGAGAGCACGGCAAGUCUUGCAACAUGCCGUUGGAAAGUGGGUUGAUCGGGCACAGUUUCAGAUCGAGGGUCCCAGGGGCGAACGAGCUGAGGCCAUGCGGACAAGGCUGCUUGCCAUGGGCCGGGGUGAGGAUGUGGGUUAUUCUUUGGACGGUUGA